AAAGGCGUUUCCAUCCACGAUCCGGCAAGACUGUGUAGUUUAUCCUACUUACAACCUGACGGACGGAUCGAACUUGCCUGGACCAAAAAACAACGCACUUAUCCACACUAGCCAAUAGAAUUUCAACAUAAGAAUUUAUUUUGUAAUCGCUUUUAUAUAUUUAGGCUAUACAAUAAAAUCCAUUACAAGACAGCGGUCUAUAGCUAACAACAUCCUAAACCAACUACAUUCUGGAUAGAAGAGCUGACUGAGGAAGAGUACUUUGCAGCAAGAUUGUAUGCGUGUACAUCGAAUAGAAAUCACAUUUUAAUAAAGUUUUGUGAUAGAAGUGAACACUUUCUCUUACGCACAGACAGAGAUCAUCUCUCUCGCUUCGCUGACUCAUAGCCUGCACAGAACCCAGGACCAUGUCGGAGUACAGCUCUUUGCUCAGCGACCUGUCUGAAAACAUCACCAAUGAGGACUUGGACCAGCUGAAGUCUGCCUGCAAGGAGGACAUCACGGAGGACCAGAGCAACACCAUCACCUCCUCCAAGGAGUGGUUCAACUACCUGGAGGAGAACCAAAAGCUGGCACAGGAUAACCUGUCAUACAUUGAGCACAUCUUUGAGAUCUCACGGCGACCAGACCUGCUGACCCGGGUCAUCGAGUACCGCACCACGGUUCUCAAGAUCUCUGAGGACGAUGAGGUCGACACCAAGCUCACACGUAUCCCCUCUGCCAAGAAAUACAAAGAUAUCAUUCGCCAGCCCUCUGAAGACGAGAUCAUCAAGCUGGCUCCUCCCCCUAAAAAAGUGUGAGGUCUACACCUCUGACCUUUGCACUUUGACCCCUGGCACUCCAACCAUCUCGACCCCCCUCCUCCUCCCGCCUCCCCCAGUUCCACUAACACAAACCAUAUUACCCAGAGACACUAGCAGCACCUCUCCAAUCAACCAAUCAGAGCGCCAUGAUGCUUCACCACCCCUUUAUCCAAGGCUAAGGAAGAGCUGAAGAUGAAAGAUGGAGAGGAUGAAUCCCCCUUGUUAACAGAUGUGUUGGUCAGUUUAGAGCUUGUGUACGUACCUGUACUUGUAACACUGUUUUAAGAAAAUGUGUAAGUGUGUGUCUGAAUGCGUGUCUGUGUGUGUGUGUGUGAGCGUGUGUGUGCGUUCAAACAUAUCUCUCUUUGUGUUUGUAUGGGAUCCCCUCUAGUUCGACCUAGAAAUGUUGCAGGAAAAGCAGCAUUAUAUCAGAUACGGUAUUUGCAUGACCUGUGUUAGGCCAUUAGGAUGAACAUGCUGCCAUUAGGUACAUAGAUUUGCAACCAUAUCCUUCAAUCAAUCUUGCAGUACACUUGAAUUGCUAUUCCACUAAGAGACAAAUCAAUGGGAGACUAAGUGAAAAUGUCACUUAAGUGGAAGUAGGAUUCCACUUAACUUAGCAUUAUGCAUUACGCUUUAUCAGUGGAGCAAAAAGAAAGCUAUAGUACAGGUGUCAUAUUUCCUUUACUCAAAACUCAGACGAAAUCAUCAGAUCAUUGGAUAUUAAAAAGUGUUUCGUUAGGUAUUCAUAGAAAAAGCCAAUAUUUGCCUUUAGCCUAGCCAUAGCAUGGAAUUAUGGAAGAAGAAAAUGUGAUAUUAUAUGUAUUCUUAUAUUUAUAUGGUAUUACACCAUGACAAUAGUAUCAUUUCAUCGUCUUUUUUGUUUUGUUGACUUAAAAUGAACAUGCUAUCCUAUACCCUAUAUCGUUAUAAGGACCAAUAGAAUUCAUACAUGGGGGACAUAAAGCCUAUAGGCUACUCUCUGUAUUGUUCAUACUAAGCUUUGAGUAUGUAAUAUAUAAUUAUAUAGUUAUGUAUUAUAUAUUAUAUAUACAUAUAUAAUUAUAUUUUAUAUACAUAUAUCAUUAUUGAAAGCUAACUCUAAGGCUAGGUUUAGGCUAAUGCAAGCAGGGAACUCUCAUUACAGUGCUGUGUAAUGUGAUUCCAACGGUAAUCCAGCGUCUGUCAAAUAAUAUUGUUUUUAAACAGUGAUUUUACACAAAGAUUCAAUGCUCCUUUAAUGUGAAAUCGUAUUUUAAAAAGACACCUUAUUGUAAAAACAUAUACAUUGAUCAAUUUAAAAACUCUAUAUGAAACACUAUCUGAUAUUAGAAAAACUAAAAUAUAUAUAUUUUAUAAGGAUAUAAAAUAUGUAUUAUAUUUACUGUGUUUGAAUAAGAAUCAAUGUCUUUCUGCUCCGAAAGUGCCACUCAAAUUCCAAGCCAAAAGUUUUUCAGGACAUAAAACAACUGACCAAUCAGGGGGAGGGACUACAGUCUCUGAAAGAAAUGUAAGGAAAUAACAAAAUGGUGGAUAGAAGCAGAAAAAGAAAAACUGCCGCAAUAUCAUGAAAAAAAAAGUACAAUAUAUAAACCAAUGAUAUACAUACAUAGUUCAUCAUCUGCUUUGUGAAAAGCCCAAGUACUGCAUUAAUCAACAAUACACACACAACAGUGCACUACACUUUAAAUCAGGUGUGUUAAACUCAUUCCAUGGAGGGCCUAGUGUCUGCAGCUUUUUGUUUUUUCCUUUCAAUUAAGACCUAGACAACCAGAUGUGGGGAGUUCCUUACUAAUUAGUGACCUUAAUUCAUCAAUCAAGUACACAAGGGAGUAGCGAAAACCCGCAGACACUCAGCCCUCGGUGGAAUGAGAUUGACAACUGUGCCCUAAAUAAUCCCUAACACAUUUUGGCUCUCAGUCACCAUACAUAAAACAAAGCAAGAUUGUUGAUUUAAAAAAACAAAUUAGUCAUAUAUGUUACACUGUGUUUCCUCCCUACGAAGAAGUCUUAGCAGAAUUCGGUGUACACACUCCAUGACAACUAAUGUGUCAAAUGUGAAAAUGUGUGUGAGCAUGUGUGGUUGCACCCACACACUUGUACAGUCAGUACACAUCACGUUCAAUCUCACUCGUAAAGAAGGGGGACUAUUUUGCAAGUUUGCUGAGGGCUUCACGACUCACGACUGGUCUGUGUAGAUGUCUGCCAAAUUAAAGGGUCUAGGCAGGGAUACUGAUUAUAAGUGUGUGAGCUGAGGGCUCCUGAUCCUGAUGUAACCUUCACGGGGGUCCUAAGAUCUCAAAAACACCUAUACAACAAACUCUAUAAUUGCACAGUCACGGCCACCACUUUCUUUGGGGGAAAAAACUGCCUUCUCUCCUAUUGCCUCGAAACGCACCUCUCCCCACACCCCCUCUUUCCCUACCCCCAAGUGCCAAUGACCAAGACUUUUAUUUCCAUCGCAGUUUCUGUGAUCUGGUUUUGUAUUGCUCGCUGUUAAACGUAUAGUGUUGGAACUUAUUAGUAUCCUAUGCACUUAUCUUUGAUAUAUACACCUCCACAUAUAUUAUCCUCAUUAUGUAAACCAGGGACUGUAAUCAUGAAAUGCUUUAGAAUAGGAUUCCUGAUCUAGGAUCAGGUCCCCCUGUCUAUAUAAUCAUUAUGCAUUAUAAUCUGAAAGGCAAAACUGAUCCUAGAUCAGCACUCCUACUCUGAUACUAAUGAAUGCGUCCCAAACUACUGAACUGAGUCAAAAAUAGUAUUGUAAAUAUAUUCAGGGCGAGUUGUUUGUAAGGUUGAUUGCCAAGCAAGCCCCCCGUAGGAAGCCAGCACCCCUUUAUGGUGAAGCGGUGGCUGCUGUUAAUGAACCCUGUGCCAAAAUGUGUAAUCUGAUCCUAGAUCUGUUGUUUGGUGCGACUUCUAAUCUACUGUAAUUUGUGCUGAAUGGGUUAUGGUUAGGAUUAUCUGUUGCUAGGGAGCAGCAGUUCGUAUUGCAGGCAAGGGCAAUCAGUUGUACUUACUGCUAUGAUCUGUGGGUGCUGGUAGACAGGGUAGAUAUGUGCUCACCUUGCUGGAGGAAGAGUUUGUGUCAGAUGACCAUUAUAGAUCCUCUUAGGCUUACUAUUUCACUUACUACUAACAGCUCUGAAGAAAAGCAGAGAAAUUGUCAUAACAGUAAUAGGGAGUUAUAAACAAAGUGUGUCCAAAAACAAAAAUACAUAUUUUUAAAUAUUUUUUUUGUAGAUUUUUAAGAGGAUCGCAAGGGAGGUGUUUUUUUGUCUUGUUUUUGUUUUGUGUGUUAAAAAAGAUACUUAAACAGUAAGUAGGGAUGUUUGAAUCUGUGUUUGUGACCAUGUUGCUUAGGUAUUUUUUUCAUGUCAGAAUUCCACAAUGGUUAAUGGACUGUGCCAUGUUAGCGAUUGUGUGGUAGGAUGUCAGUAGAUAGAGUGAUGGGUGAACCUCACACACACACACCGAUAAACUCAAUAAUACAAAUCAAUUGCCCUGUACCAAUAAGGACCAACCUUCACUUUACAACAUUCACGAUUCUCCUCAUAUCUAAACACAUUUGUAUUUGGGAUUGUUUACGUGUUGUUGUAGCUACUGUAGCCUAUGCAUAUUUUUAUAUUUCAGCCCAGAAAAUGAAUUCAAGCAGUGAGGAAGUUGCCAUAUGUUUUACUAAGAAUGCAACCCCCCCCCCCUCAUUCCUGUUCUCAGAAAAAAACACUGAAAGCACCUUUCUCUCUUUCUCACUUCCCCCUCUUCCACAUAUCCUCUUCCACUCCCUUCCUCCCUCCCAAUGGCAACUCUGAUAUAGUCCUUUCCCCAUUGGCUACAAUGCAAAGACAACAAGGAAGGACUCACACUGUGUGAGAUACAACCAUAGGUUCUUAGGUGACGUUUUAAUUUCUUGGUUUCUUUUUAAUCCAAGCUUACAUAUGCCAAGUACAGUAAAAUUGAUAGAACUGGUCGUAGCUAAGAAGGCAGAGAAAUUGUUCAAUUCUGAUUCAUUGGGGCUUUAUGACAUCAGCCUAAUGUUCUAUACCUAUGGUAAAAUCUCAAACCCAUAAGGCUCUGUGUGGAUUUCAUAUCUUUCUGAUUGGUUAGAAAUGAUGUGUAUGACAUCGUUUAGCUUUUUAUGUGGCCAUUGGCAGAUACAAUAACUACAUAUCACUCACAAAUGAUGUCAAUUUGGAAUUCUGUGUACCUAUUACAUAUCAAGUUACAAAGAAAUGCUGAGAAAAAUAUAUAUUAAAAAAUGCAACAAAAAACUAUAAUAAUGAUAAUAACAACAAUAAUAAUAAAUAUAGCAUAUAUGACAAAUAUCUAAGAAUAUAACCAAGACAUUCAUAAAUUAGAAUUAUAUUUUUAAGAUGUACAACAAAGCUUACCGUUAAAAUGAGCUCAUCAAACUACAAUUUAAAUUCAAACUUUUCAAACUACAAGAGUUUUACCUUGCCCUUUUCCCUUAGUUUGCAUUCAAUACACUUAAAUUAUGAUUGAAGGAAUUUUAAAGUAGUUAAUUUUCCUACGUUUUUUCUUUUCUUUUUUAUUAGGUUGUACAUAUAUAUUGUGAAUGUAUAUCCAUGUGUUUGUUUUGUAAUGGAUUAAUGUAUUUAAUGCCAAUAUAUUGUUUGUUUUUGUAUUUUUUUAAGUAUCCUGAUAUGUUAACUAACUGGAGACAAAUCAUGGGAUAAAAACGUGUCACUUAGCUGAUGUUGAGUAAGAAUUUAUAUUACAGAGACCACACUUCAAUUUAGCUCUCUAUCCAUGUUUUAAUCUUUAUAUAUGGAUUUAGAGGUUGCAUUGCUUUUAAUAAUUAGUAGAUAUGACCAGCUUUUCUUAAAAAACAACAAACAGAUUAUAUUCCAGUAUUUUAUUUCACAUUUAUUUUUAUUCUUAUCAUUUGAUGUAUUUAAGGGCAGCAGGUAGGCUAGUGGUUAGAGCAUUGGGCCAGUAACCGAAAGGUUGAAAAACCUGUCGAUGUGCCCUUGAGCAAGGCUCUUAACCCUAAUUUGCUCCAGGGGCAUCAAACUACUAUGGUUGACUGACCCUGUUAAACAGCACAUUUCACUGCACCGAUCCGGUGUAUGUGACAAUAAAAAGAUCUUCCUUUUUUUGGGUGGACUACACACCCAAAAUACACCCAAGAUUAUCCAGACAGUUGCUAAAUUACAACAGAAGAUCCAUUGUGAUAAUCCCUUCACAUCAUUGUUGUGGCUUUGUUGUUUUUAAUCGGAUUAUUGUCAUUGUUUUUGAUAGAAAUGCUUUUCUUUGUUGUGUCGUGAAAUGCAAUGAUCAAUUGGUAGGCCACUGGAUAGAAAAGCAAAAAUCAAAAGAACUCUAAAUACGUAUUCUCACUCAGAAGUUUGUUCCUUCAUUUAAUUUUUUUUUCUCCUGUAGAAUAAAGUGUUGAUCUGCAGUUGUGACCACAUGGAUAGAUAGAUAGAUAGAGACAGAGGAGGGGGGAUUUGGGGUCAGUGAAGUGCAGUGAACUAGUGGAUGAAGACCCUCGUCUUAAUAUCCAAUGACAAUAAGGUCUGCGAGAGGAACAACUUACUGGGCUUAUCGGAUUUAAUGGGUUUCUACAGGUUAGCAGUUUACACUUUCGAGAAGUGUUAACAAAGUGCACGACCCCACAUUGUGGUUUUUCUUUAUCUGUAAUAGAUUGAAUCAAGGGUCUGAGUUGGAUUUGAAGUAGCUGGUGAACUAUAGAUUACAAAGGUUUUAGGAUGAAUUCAAUAUUUUACAACUUAUGGUUACAUGGUUCCUUACCAUGAAACCAACCCGAAACAUGGAUUACAGUUUCUGUUUCCAAAGAAUCCUAUGGAAGGAACCAUCUGCCAUUAAGUACUGAAAUAAAGAACUUCUAAGGUGUUGAAUGUUCACAACUUGCACAUGAUGCUGUACAAUAGGCUAGGCAGGUUGUGUUGGCUAUGUUUGUGUGGAGUUCUGUGUUGUUAGAGAGAAAUUAGUGAAGUUGAGGAUGUUGAAUGUCUGAAAGAUUUGUUAAGGAGAAACAGCAAUGACAAACAUGCUUGAUUUUACAAUUACCACUGUUCAUCUUUGAACCAUGAGAGAAAGAGAAAGAUUGGGUUAGAAAAAGAGUGAGAGAGCAAAAAUUAUUUUUAAUUGUGCACAUGCUUUUUUAAACCAUCUCUAUUCAAGCCUCUAGGACUAAAUAACAAAUGUGAAAUGUGAAAAUUGACAAAUAAAUGUUUACAUUAAGCAAGCUUUCA